CCUCCGCCUCCUCCGGCGAGACAUAAUACGCCUGAAAGUGCUCCAGACGAUGCCGGCGGCUGAGCCGUGGGAGCAUACGACAGGCAUUGCAGGCCGGAGACUGGGUCAGGCCGUCCGCGGUCACUCAAAACUGAGGUGGUGGGGAUCGGCACCUGCGAUUAAGCCAGGGCAUGUAGGACAAAGCCGGGGCUCAAGGAGUGUUCAUGACGAGUGGCCCCUCACAGUGGUGCAUUACCACUGCAAUCCAAACCAGUCCUUCUCUACCGUCCGCGAGCAGAGCCUGGGCGCUGAGGGGCCCCUGCAAAUCUGGGUGGAGAGCCCCUGUGCCUGUCCAAACACCUGUGCCAUGGGGGAUCUGGGUCUGGGCACCAUCUUCCUCAUCAUCCUCUCCAUCAGUGCGGCUGCAUACUUUAUCCUUGGCUCCUGUGCUCUGAGGCCUCUCCGCAGCAGCAGUGGGGUGCAGAUGUCUCCGGAGCACAGUGUGUGGUGCAUGCUGUGCUACCUGUGCACUGAGAGCAGGCCGCCCUCCCGACCCUACACACACCUGCCACAGUGAGCAGGCAGCUGCAGGGGGGGGGAGGCUGGAACACUGCAGUACAUCUCUGCAGGUCAUGUGAUUAAUAUGUCUAAAACAUUAUUUUGUACUCAUAGACCUUUAAAGACAAAAUACUUAUUUAAAAUGUCUUAUUUAGAUACACUUAUAAGAAAACAUACUUUCCACAAAUACUUUAAACAAUUGAUGAUCAAUUUUUUGUAGACAAUUGUUUCACUGUAGUGCAAAAGUCAAUACAUUAGGUUUAUAGCACAUUAAAGCACUUCAUGUAUUCCCAAAUGUAGUAAAGAACACAUCCAAACUGUGCAAAGGCUGCAGUUAAAAACUAGACAACAAGAGUUAGUUUUUGUCUACUUACAAAUGUUUAGAAGGAACAACCGUACCGGUCAUGAGGCCUUUGGGAGUUUUUCAUGGAUCCAAUUUGAUUUGCCUGGCUUGGUAUAGAAGACUAACACAGUUAAUAUAUUUUAUUCCAGCUUUUCAGGUAUGACAUAUGUGACUGUAUUAAAACCUUUUUACGAAGAAAACUUUAUGGAUAGAUCAUUACCAACCCAGUAACCCCA